AAAGGGCUGGAGCCGCGGCGGCAGCCAUCCAGCCCCGAGCGAGCAAGAAGCACCGGAGCGAUGACCGCGAUGAGCCCCCUCUGGCUCUGCCUCUGCUACCUGGCCGCUUGGCCCGCCUGGACACGCUCGGAGAGCCAGACGCCGCCGCCAGCCAAUGGAGACGAUCAGCCUCCACCAGCGCAGUUCCCGGCCGACAUCUCCCAACACGCCGUCCUUCCCGAUGCGAUUUCCCGGGAGUUCCUGUUGCAGAAGAUCCAGGAAAACCUAGAAGACGGGCAACAGCUGCCCAUUCUGGUCCACGGGGAGCCCCAGGCGGUGCCCCUGCAGCCCAGAGGGAGCGGCCGCCACUGCAAGGAGGUGGGCUGCACCCGUAAACCCCCCUUCUACAAGCUGGAAGAGUUCCCACCAGGCCGCCCCUCCCUCAGCAACCUGGGGGCCCUCUGCUCUGCGGGGCGGACGAAGCCCAGCUACGGGCCCUGGAACCUGCCCCAGACCAGCUUCAGCCACCUCUCGCGCCAGGGGGAGGCCCUGAACCAGCUGGAGCGCCAGUUCACCCGCUGCUGCCAGCUGGCCGAGGACCAGAAGCUGCCCUGUGCCUCCAACGAGUGGGAAAAGUGCCUGGCCCGGUAUUGCAAGCAGGAGUUUUCGACCAAGACUCUGCCCUUCCACUGCUGCCGUGCGGGCGGCCGCAAGGACCGUCUCAACUGCUUCGCCAGACAAGCGCCCUUCCCCAAGUACGAGGGCGAGGGGGAAUGGCUGGACCUGGCCAACCUCACCACCCCCAUCCUGGACUCCAUUUGCAGCCAAGCAACAAGCCAGGACGAGCAGAAGCCCAGGCCAGCUUUGGUCCAGAACAUCACAGAGUCCUGCUGCAAACUGCCAGAGAGCGAACGGACCCUCUGCGCCCAAGGAGUGAAAUCGCAGUUCAUCACCGCUUUCUGCAGCUCCCAAAGGCGCAGCUGGAAGGACCCCCAGAAGUGCUGCGCCCAGACAGAGGAAGCCGCCCGCAACGACUGCUUCGACCGCAGCUACCUGGGACACGUCUCCCUCCUCCAAAGGCAGCAGGAGGAGGAAGAGGAAGAGGCGGAGGAGGUGGUGGAAGAAAUCGUGCUUCCCACCCAGGCGGCCCCUUGAACCCUCCCGGGGCCUGAUCCUGUCCCCCCCACCAGCCCAUCUCUGCCUCUCCUUCCCUCUGGCUGGCUCCCUCCCUGAAUCUGGGGGUGGGACCAGAAACCUUCUCCCCCCCCCCACUGACUUUAUGAUCCAAGAGGGCCUCCCUGGAGACCCUCCUUCCAUGCACUUUACCGCCUUGACAGAAGCCGCAGGCUGGUCACAGCUCCUUCUUGGCUUGGCUGAGAGCACUUGGGGGUGAUUCUAGGCAUCUGGGGGGAUAGAAAAGGGGGCUCCGCCUGUGCCCCACAGACCUCCCCUGGCUUGGCCAGCUGGCCCAGGGGAGGUGGCUGCCCCUCAACUGUGGGCUGCUCCAGAUCCUGGAUGCCUCUCUGGCCCGUAUGGGCCCCUGCAGAAGGAUUGGCCGUGGCUUGUCUGCUCCAUCUGAAGGGAUCCACUGGUCUUUAGGAUCCAGCUUUGGGGGCCAGGAAUGGAAGCCCCGUGGAUUGGAGAAAGGAGUCGAUUUGGGCUGAGCUUACAAACUGCAGCCCCCUCCCCACCGGGCCUGCGGGCCUCCCUAACACAGAAGGGCCUAGCCGCCACCUGAAUGGUGCUUGCCAGCUCCGAAGGUGGCGGCCGGUUGGCAUCGUGCUCUUCCCAGCUGCAUUUCUGCCUGGUGACCAAUCCUAAACUCUCUGCUUGUCACAAAUGCCUUGGGAGGGAGGGAUGACUUGGCCUCGUGCCAGAGGCAAAGGGUCCGACAAAUAAACCACUUUUUGGAAAAA